CCAGUGCUUAGCUUGUCUUGCCAGGGGGCAGUGGGAAAUGGGGUGGCCGAGGUGUCCCUGGUGUCAGACCAGGUGCAUGUGUGGACCCAGGCACAGCACUGCUUCAGUGCACAUGUGUCGUCUUUUGCAAAUCUUGUGCCUGUUUCUUUCUUUCUCCUAGGCCAGGUUAUAUCUACUUUUUUUGCCUUGUAACAGCGUCAGUGGGGGCAGAUCAGCCUAAUACCCUGUCAGGAGAUGCAGACCGGGGCACGUGUCAUCGGAAAGCCGAAGGGCGCCAUGGGCUGCCAAGGGGCUCACGUGUGAAGGGGUGCUCCGCGGCCCUUGCAUAGUCACCAAGCGCGUGUCGCGUGCGGGGAGCGAGCCGUGCUGGCCCGUUGCUCUGCGCCCUCCUCUGUGGGGAGCCUGGGUGCCCCGGCCGGGAGGACCCAGGUUUGGCCACUGCCAGGAUGCUGUGGGAUGAAGGACAUCUUGGGAGCGGGCCCACGCCCUCUUGCUUGUGGCUUGCUGCCCAGCAACAAUGUAUUUUAGGGAGCGUGGCUGAAGAAUCAUGAUGUAUUUUGUUAGUGAUGAGAAGUUUAAAAGUAAGCAUUAGAGAAUAGUAAGAUGUGGUUUACUUUAAAAGAUUUAUUAUUGCAAGAACACUAGCCAUCAGGCUUUUGAAUGUACCCCUCUAGAAACCAUCAUGUUACCAAGAUGUUCUCUGAUGUGGUUCUGUUUGAAGGGCAUAGAAAUGUUAUUAUGCAUUAGAAUCACAUUAAAUAUUUGUUUUAAAAAUAAAUCUCUGGCCUGCUUUGAGGUUUAUACCUUCCAGCUUGUCAUUCAUGGACUCCUGAGAGAUGACAGAGCAUGUGGAUAAGAAAAACAGAUCUUAGCUGACCUGGCAGCGGCUUGCUUUGAGCUUGCUUGAGCUAUGUUUGGGUGGACAGUGGGGAGGAACACAUCUUUCUGACUGAAAAGUCAGGUUUUGCGGGAGAAUCUCACUUGUUUCCAUGGUGGUUAGGAAACUUUGGUCUGUGGAUCAGGCAAGGGGAGACUUGCAAGCAGAAUGCUGAACAGAAGCAGACUGAAUCACAGCUAAAGCACAGAUAGUUUGUGGGACGGUAGGAAGCAGAUGCAGAUUCCCUCCAAUAUGCAUGAGAAUAUGCAUGAGAAUAUGCAUGAGAAUAUGCAUGUAUUCUUCUUGACAGAAGAACAAAUAGUUAACAAAGGGCUGCUAUUGUUUUUAAGUUUUACAUUCAGAAGACUCUUUCCAGCCAUUAAAAUACAAGGAGAUUCUGGAACAACCUCACAGGAAAGGCAGAGGGAACAAAAAACUCAAAGCUUGAUUAGUCUCUGAAAAGAUCUGUGACACUGUUUCCUAUAUGAGCAGGUAUACUCAGUGUUUGGGACAGUCUCUUGUUCUUUUCUUAUGAUGCAUCCAGUCCUAAAGGCCUUUGUGUGUGGUUCCAUCAGUGGGACUUGCUCCACCCUCCUGUUCCAGCCCCUCGACCUGCUGAAAACUCGCCUUCAGACUCUGCAGCCUUCUGUGAGUGGGUCCAGUCGUGUUGGCAUGGUAACACUGCUCUUUAGGGUUGUUCGUACAGAGAGUCUCCUAGGGCUCUGGAAAGGUGUCUCUCCAUCUUUUGCAAGAUGCAUUCCUGGAGUUGGGAUUUACUUCAGCACUUUGUACACACUGAAGCAAAAGUUUCUAGUGGAUCGUUUGCCCACAGCCCUGGAGUCUGUCUUUCUGGGUGCCACCUCCCGUGCAGUAGCUGGGAUUUGCAUGCUACCAGUGACUGUAGUGAAGACCCGAUACGAGAGCGGAAGAUUUGGCUAUGGAAGUGUAUAUGGAGCUCUGAAGAAUAUAUAUCAAACAGAGGGGGCUCGUGGCAUGUUCAGCGGGCUCACCGCAACACUGCUGCGGGAUGCUCCUUUCUCUGGCAUCUACCUAAUGUUCUACAUGCAGACCAAAAAACUUACCCCUCAGGAUCAGCUGGAUCCAGCACUCGUGCCCCUGCUGAAUUUUGGCUGUGGGAUCUUUGCAGGAAUCUUGGCUUCACUUGCAACACAGCCUGCUGAUGUCAUCAAAACACAUAUGCAGUUGUCCCCGCAAAAGUACCACAGGACGACCCAAGCGAUUGCCUUCAUCUACAAGGACUUUGGGUUGGUCGGCUUUUUCCGAGGUGGUGUGCCCCGGGCUCUAAGGCGUACUCUGAUGGCAGCAAUGGCCUGGACUGUAUAUGAGCAGAUGAUGGAAAAAAUGGGCUUGAAAUCUUGACUGAUUUGCAGUAGAAAUGACCAGCCUCACUCCUUUUCCUGCUUGCUGUGAUGAACUGGCACUGGGAAGUUCCCAGUUCCGUGGAUGAAUAAGCCUUGUUCAGCCGGGAAGAAGAAAUCCCUUCUGAGACCGGGAUUAGGCCUUUUGGCAAGUAGAGGAUAGAUGGAUCAGAUGGUCUCAUCAUUUAAGUAAGUAGUGCAUUCCAGAAGGACUGUACUUGCAGAGACUCUGUGGGAAAUGGCAGGGUUUCCACAGCCUGGGAACUAUGCUGAGAGAAGCGCCUUUUAAAAAUAGCUUUGUGCUCACCACCUUUAUGCAAUUAGAAACUUCUGAGAAGUGUUUGAGGAGAAAACAGUGAAGACAAUGCUGAUUGCAAAUCUGUCAGCAUGUUCCUUACUGGUGUGGACAGUAAAGCCACGUUGAUUCACCAUCUGAUAUAGAUCCUGCUUCCUCCUAUGAUUUCUUCUCACAGGGGAACAUUGCAGAGGAUGUUAAGAGACUAGAUGUGUCUCUUAAUGCUUGUAUUGCAGGGGUGGGUGGAAGAGAAGUGAAGGGCUGAAGGAGAGCUAGGAACACAGUCUGUGUCAUCACUUGCCUACUAUGCUUGAUAGCAGAGAAAGUAACUGGAACCUC